AAAUUUAAAAUCUGGGAGAGUGAUUUUCUACAAAAGAAGAAAUUUGACUUUGAAAAUCGUAUGAUUUACAUUGUAAUCUUUACUAUUAUAUUUUUUUAUAUAACUAUAAAAACAUACAAUAGAAAAUAUUAAACAUAUUGUAGUACAAAAUUAAAUAUAAAAUUAAUUAUACCACAAAUUUUAAAUGAAUUACAUAAUCAUUUACUAUAAUUCUUUUCAUUUUACUCAUAUAUAAUCAAAUAAUGCAUUUGAAGUGAUAAAUGAGUCUUCUAUUAUUUUUAUUUGUAGAUUUCAAAGUAAGUUUGUUUAGUUCAAUAUUGUUUUGUAAAAAGUUUUGUUUUUAUGUUAUUAUAUAUCUUGUAUUUUGCAUAACACAUAAUAUCACAAGGAUUGAAAUGAUGAACAAAAAAAAGAAGUUAUUUGGAAAAUAUAUAAUUUAAAAGACUAACAAACCUUGAAACUUUAGAAUAGUAAAACUUAACUUUCAGUAUGCAAACUUCUAAAUUUAGUGUUAAAGUUGCUUUUGGAGUAUAUAAAACUUUAUAUUUACAGUCAUGAGAUGCUUUUACGUAAAGAAUUAUACCUUUAUACUUUUAAUUGUUCGUCCUAAUUUCGUAUAUAUAUCUAGGGGCCCAUAUAUCUAUAAAGAAACUACAUGAAAGUUACUCGUACGGAAUAUUACGUACCUUAUACGUAUAGAAGACGUAAUCAAAUAUUUGUUUGGUCAUCCAAACAUUGAGAAACCAAUCUCUAUAUAAUGCUCAAUGACAUUACACUGAAUUAUAAAACUUUAUAUUUUAACUCAUUAGAUACUUUUACCAAAAGAAUUAUACCUUAUAUACUUUUGAUUAUUCUUUCAAAUAAUUUAUAUAUAUAUAGAAAACUACAUGAUUGUUACUCGUACGGAACAUUUCAAAGCUUGCACGUAUAGAGAAGCUAGUCAACUGUCUGUUUUGGUCAUUGGUGUCACUCAAACAUUGAUGAGCCAUCUCUGAUCUCUCUAUAUAAUGUUCAAUGACCUUUACAGAGACAACCAAGAUAUUAAUAGUUACGUGGUUCCAUUAAACCUCAGCCAUGGUGAAAAUGGCUAAAUCUGUUACCUUCUCAACCUCUUCUUCUACAUCAAACCUUUCAUCUCAUCCUUCUUUCACUUCUCUUGCUUCUUUCAAUUCUCUUCCUGCUUCUCCACUCAACCAGCCCUUUUCUCAGUCCAUGAUGGAGGAAGCCUUAGAGUCUGCAGAGUUAAUCAUCAAGAAGUGGGAUCCUAACUCACAGUCCUACACGAAGAUCAUCUCUCUGUUCAGACACAGCAGAAAACAAGCCAAAGAAUUCAUCAGAUGCGUCCGUGACUUACGCAGAGCCAUGCACUUUCUUGUCUCUCAAGCCUCCAAAUCUGACAAGCUUGUGCUUGCGCAGAACCUGAUGCAGAUUGGUAUGUCCACGCUGGAGAAAGAGUUCUUCCAAAUACUGUCUUCUAACCGAGACCAUCUUGAUCCUGAUUCAGUCUCUGUUCAGUCCACAAUAUCUAGCAAUUCAGAGUUCGAAGUUUACAUGGAAUAUGAUGAGGAUGAUGAUGAUGAGCUAAAGAAGGCGGGUGAAUCCAUCUCUCAGGUGGAGAAAGCCUCAGCUCUGGUGAUGUCAGACUUAAAGGUCAUAGCAGAGACCAUGAUCUGCUGUGGUUAUGGUAAAGAGUGCAUAAAAAGCUACCAGUUGAUUAGAAAGUCUAUUGUUGAUGAAGGGCUACACUUGCUUGGGAUCGAGAAGGUCAAGACCUCUCAUUUUCAAAAGAUGGACUGGCACGUGCUGGAGCAUAUGAUCAAGAACUGGGUCAAAGCUGCAAAGAUUGGAGUCACAACACUCUUCAGAGGAGAGAAGCUUCUCUGUGAUCAUGUCUUCUCUGCAUCCGUUACAAUAGGACAAUCUUGCUUUAACCAGAUAGCAAAGGAAGCAGGACUCAAUCUCUUCAUGUUGCCUGAGCUCGUAGCCAACAAGGAGAAAAAACAACACCACCAUGAGAGGAUCUUUAAGCUGAUGGAUCUCUAUGCAGCUAUCUCUGACCUUUGGCCAGACAUAGAAAUGAUAUUCAGCUUUGAUUCAUUAGCUUCUGUGAAGACUCUUGUCCUCUCAACGCUCAAGAAACUCAAGGACUCUAUCCACACGUGUCUCAAGGAGUUCGAGACGAUGAUACACAAGGAUUCUUCUAAAGAAAUUUCCCCUGAAGGAGGGGUUCACAAGCUGACUCGGACAACAAUGAGUUUCUUAUCAUUGUUGUCUGAAUACAGCCGUGUACAUGUGUUGUCUGAGAUCCUUACAGAGCAUCCUCUUAAGACAAACACUCGCUUGCUAGAAUCUUACUUCACGGCUCCUAUCUUGGAAGAUGAACAUGUCAACAACCAUGCCUGCUCGGUCCAUCUAGCUUGGCUCAUACUGGUUUUCCUUUGCAAGCUAGACACCAAAGCAGAGAGUUACAAUGAUGUCUCUCUCUCUUACAUCUUCCUUGUGAACAACAUGCAGUUUGUGGCUGAUACUGUUCGUUCUAGUCACCUCAAGAACAUCCUCGGUGACGAUUGGCUCACAAAGCACGAGGCAAAACUCAAAAGCUAUGCUGAAAAAUACGAGAAAACAGCUUGGGCCAAUGUUUUGGUAUCUUUACCUUCGAAGACAAGUGCCAAACUAUCACCAGAGGAGGCCACAACAUGCUUCAAGAGGUUUCAUGCAGCGUUCGCGGGAGCAUACUUGAAACAAUCAUCAUGUGUUAUAGUGGAUGCGAAGCUUAGGGACGAGCUUAAGGUUUCUAUAGUGAAGAAACUUGUACCGGAGUACAGAGAGUUUUACGAGAAGUACUUGGCAAUGUUGAGACAGGACAGAAACAUAGAGAUGUUGGUGAGUUUUAAGCCGGAUAACUUGGAGAAUUAUCUCUCAGAUCUUUUCCAUGGAACACCAAUGCUCAGUGGCUCUUCUCAUUCUGCUUCUUCUUCUUUGUCUUCUACAUCUUGUUUCUCAAUUGGAUGUGUAAAAAACUAAGGGUGCAACUGGAAUGUAUUUUUCGAAAUAAAUUUUUUAUGAAUGGUUAAUUUUUUUGCAUUAAAAAAAGUAUUCACCUGUUAUAACUAAAAAUAGAAAGUGUAUUCCAUUUCAUUCCAUAUUAUUCCUAAAAUUUUUUAAUUUUCAUUUGAAAAAUCAUUUCAUAUCAUAAACAUUUUAGAAAAGUGGAUUGCUGAUUCCAUUUUAUUUAAUUCUAUAAAUAAUAAUUCAUACCAUUCUAUGUAUUUCUUUUAUUUAUCACCAGUUACACCCGAAAACUCACGAUAUUGUCUCGGGGUGAAUAUUAAUGCAUACAAGUUUCAUGAUUGAUGCAUUCCUUUCUUGUCACAAUUAUUCGUUAAGCUAAAUAUCUUAAACACAGCAUAUGAGAUAGAUUAUUGUGAGUUUUGGUUACGUUACUGUGCUUGUAUAUUUUUCUGUCAAUAAAACUAAAAAAAAUUAUUUGUGACUAAUAAAUUAUUUGGAAGAAAAUGACAAAUUUUGAGAAAAUUUGGAUUAUUAAUUGUAUUUGUUUUAUAGGCAAGAGUUGACUUUCUAAGUUCUUAACUUCUUCUGGUUCCGUUUUUGUCCGUUUUUCACUGAAUUGAUUCAACCAUAAACAUAAAAUAAACACAUUAAAAAUAAAGUGUUAUCGUCAUUAGUACUAAAAACUAAUAUAUAUUUAAUAACGACAGUCAAAAUCGGAAAAAGCCAACGUGAUUCAUGCAUGUUUUAUGUAGCGCACUAGCGCAACAUCUACAUCUUGGCAAAGCUAGAGAGGAUUAUAACAGUUCAACAGCAGAAGAUGGAGGGGUAAGUUGAUCUUACUCUGUUGGCACUUGGCAAAAGCUGCAUGUACUGGAUUUGGGUCGACCUAAACGCAAGACUACACCGGCCGGAACUCCUUUCGUUUGUCUGAUCGUAUUGUCAGUUACAGAGAAUCUAAUCCACCACUAUCAUCGAGGAUGAUGUAAGCUUGGCUUGCAUAAGCUUUCCUUUUCUCUCAUCCGAUCGUUUUCUCCUUCGUCACUCUUUUGGCAACCAAACCGUCAAAGCGCUUUCUCUUCAUCUCCUACUGGGUUAAAUGCUGGGCUUUAUAACAAUUGAUAUGGGGUUUACUUUGAUUAAUUUACUGGGAUGGGAUGUGCUCUUAAACAACUAAAGCCUUUAGGCUUGAAACCCAUUUAUCUCCUUCUUGCAUUAUAUUAGACCACCUUUAGUCAAAAACAAAACAAAACAUCUACGUCUUGGCUUAUCAGUCCAGGGGCGGACGUACAGCCAAUGGUAUGGGUCACUUGUCCCCAUCUCAUUUUAAAAUUUUCCUUCGGUAAUCUAACCUAUACUAAAAAGGAGAAUACCAUGAGCAGGGAGAGUGUCCACGUCAUCAGUUUUAUUUCACCAAUCAUAAAGUUCUAUGAUGCCACGUCAUGCUCUCAUUAAUCGAUAGCAGAUUAAUAAUGGGUCAUUUUUUAGGGAUGUUAUGCUAAUCUUUAAACCAAAAAAAUAACUCUAAAGGGCCCAUACGAAACCCAAACCUCCGUCGAAACCUGAUUUCCAGAGCACUGCGAUUCUUCUACUACGUCUUCAUCGUUCCAAAUUUCUCUCCAACCGUUUGUCCGUUUCUGAGUAGUAAUCACAAUCCACUCUUAAUUGUUCAUUUAUGUUCAUUACUAUUAUCUUCAUUAGCGAUGAAAUCCUUCCACCUCCCUCUCCUGCUCCUCCUAUAUUAACCAUCUACAAGGCUUUCACAGAAUCAUAUUCAACAGCUUCAAUCGAUGACCUUUCAAUUCUCCAGCAAGUCUCCUCUUGCAUUGUAUUUCAACGACAUACUUUUUGGGAGGCCAUAAAUGCUGCGAAAUUGAAUUCCUGUUAGAGUUUUGAUUCUUCUCUGAAGUUUCAGAGAGAAUUCAAACGUCCUCAGCCUUGGUGAUUACAUAAUUCCAGCGGAUUAUGAACAGCCAAUCGUAUGUUUCCCUGGAUUUUUCUCUGUUUCAUCUAUUUGUUGUUUCAUCUACUUACUCUCUAUUUUUUGACAGAAUUCAAUUUGUUUUCCGUUGGUUUUCCAGCGGCUCCAUAACUCCAUUUUAGGUUUCUUCAAAGUGUAAGCUCCAAAAUGGUAAAUUUCCAUUUUACGUUAUCGGUCUUUUUCAUUCGUCUUCUUCUCUGUACUUGUGAUGCAGAAAGAUUGAUCCAGGUUUGCCUAUUUGAGCAUAGAUAUCUUAUGAUUGGGGAAUAAUUAACGUAAGUGAUCAUAUAUUAUUUUUCGCUAUGCAUUCUUUAGCUAUGAAUCUGUUGCUCACGGAGCUCCAUAAGCAUGAACUAUGUAAUUCUUAGCUUACUUUUCUUAUAAAAUCGAAUUUGAAUACAUCUGUGACCAUCUCUCUAAUUCAGUUUCUAGAAAAUAAUAGGUCAGUUAAUUGACCUAUCUUGCCGGAUCAGUAAAAAUAUUAAGCAUUGAUUGUUUUAAUUUUUGGUAUUCUUUAUAGUUUAUGUGGAAGUUUGAAGAGAAUGUAGAUCCUUCCGCUCACCAUGAUUUUUUACUUGGGUAAGUCUAUUCUGACUCCCUUUCUGUGUGUGUUUAUAAUAAUUUAGUCGUUUCCAUAAUAUUUGAAGAUAAUUUUUGAUGUAUUUUUUCAGGUACCAGUUUAUAAGAGUACCUUCUAAGAUAUGCUUUAAGACGUUUUGUGUUUGUUGUUUAGAUGAGCAACUACGACCGCGGUACGCGUGGAGUUCUGGUGAUUCUAAUUCCAGUUCAUGUAAACUUAGCGGAGGACAGACAUUUGGAGAAGGUGAUGUCUACGAUGGUGUCACAUGGCAGGAGAAGUUGAGGAGGGGUUUGUUCAACUCACUCCUCCGAGU